AUGGUGCUUUUAGGAGAGACUGCUCCUAGCCACCCCUAUUGGUAUGAUUGGGUCAUAGGUAUCUACCAUAUGGAAGUAUGGCUCCAGGGUGGGGCUCAACCUGUCAAGCAGCACCUUGAGGUUCUCUGGGUCAGAUGGCUUGCAGUGUUUCAGGACAGUAAAUCUUGCAUAAAAAAUGCUUGCCUUCCAAAAGUUGCUUUUGUAGAAGAGAUAGACCCAGAUGCAUUCGUGUUCCUCAACCCAGCAUAG